AUGAAAGAUUUAUUGGUUGAGUUUGAUGAUUUACCUGAUGAAAUUCUUAUAUAUAUAUUUAAAAAACUGUACAAUGUUGAAGUACUUUAUUCUUUAAUGGAUGUUAAUCAACGACUCAAUAGAAUUGUACAUGAUACAAUUUUUACUCGUGAUUUAUAUUUAUUAGAAUAUUUACCAGACAACAAAACUAGCUCUCCAUUAUCAGAUUCAAUACUUGAUCAAUUUUGUUCAAAAAUUUUACCUGAAAUUGGGCACCGAAUUAAAACUCUUUAUCUUGAACAAACAUCAAUGAAACGUAUCCUUCAUACUACAAAUUAUCCUAAUUUAAAUAACCUUAGUUUAUUUCAUAUCGACAUCGAAACAGGCAUGGCUCUAUUUGAUGAUAAAAAUCCUUUAACUCAUAUAUUCAAGAAUCAAAUUUCAUCACUCUUUAUCAAUUUUAAAGAAGUGUAUCAUUUUGAUAAAUCAAUUGUGUCACUUCUACGUCGAAUGUUAAAUUUAGAAGAACUUCAUUUAAAUAUUAUAGUCAAAUGUAAUGAAAAAUUUAUUGAUAGUGAUACACUGAUGAAAGAUAUUAUUAUUUAUAUGCCACGAUUAUAUAAAUUUACAUUUAAUAUUUGCUCAAUCAUUAAUCAUUGUGAUCAAACAAAUUUCCCAUUAAAUGAACAUAUUGAGAAAACAUUUGAAUAUUUAUAUAAUAAUGAAAUAAUUACUUGUAUUGAUCAUUUUCAAGAAGAAGGAUAUAGUCAAUGUCAUAUUUAUUCAUAUCCAUAUAAAUGGAAAGUUUACAAUAACAUAACAAAUAAUUUUCGAGGUGGAUUAUUUACUAGUGUUACUCAAGUAUUAUUAUAUGAUGAACAUCCAUUUGAACGUGAAUUUUUUCUUCAAAUUGCUCAAUCAUUUCCAUUUAUGAAAGAAUUAACAAUACACAAUCGAAAAGCACAAAAUAAUAAACAACUUAUAAAAUCAAAUAAUGAUAAUCAAAUGUUAUCAAUUAUUGAAUAUCCUAAUCUUACUCGACUUGAUCUUCAUUAUACUCAUAAUGAUUAUGUCGAAUUAUUUUUAUUUGAUAGGAAAAUGACUUUGCCAAAUAAUCUUCAUCUUUGUGUCGAUUAUCAAUUACUAAAAAAAGUGACACACAAUUUUACAAGAUAUACAACACCAAAUAAUUGUGCAAAACUUGCUACUCUAUAUUUUUAUCCAGUGGAUCAAAUCGGUGAAAAUAUCAAAAAGUAUUUUCCUCAUACAUGUAUACGUUGUAUUUCUGAUUUUGUAUUACGUAAAUAA